CAAACACCUGUAAGUUUUUAUUGAAGUGAAUUUAUUUUGGGGUUUUCCACAAAAAUAUAAGGUAAGUGUAAUUUUUUCUGUUUGUUUACAUAUAGAAAAAUGGCUUCAGCAUCCAGUAUCGAUGAUGAUAUGAUGGACGUGGUGAAUCGCACCACAAGAUAUCAAAAUUUAUCGGAAGAAGAGAGGAGGCAAAUGGAAGAAAGGUUAGCAAUAUGGUUGGCCGGUGCUGAUGGAGAAGCCGAGGAAAUCAAUGCAUUCGAAGGCGACGACGUCACGGAUCCUGAUUAUGUGCCGACGUUAGAAGAUGCGGCUUCCGAUGCUGAGACUGAGACCGUUAUAGAAACCGAGACUCCAUAUGACGAUGAUGAGGAUUUGGAAUAUUUAUAUGAAGGCGCUGCAGCUGCACCCGAAGCGCUUGAAGCCGUCGAUAUGGACGAGGAGCCUCGUUCGGCGAGCUCGAUUAUUAAAUACCGUUCAAAGGAUGGCAAGCUUUGGUCAAGCGGCUCCAGGGAUUAUGCGAUCCCCGGUUUCAAUAUUUAAAUCGAUAAUAACACCGGAAAUCGUUAGUAUAAUUGUGCGUGAAACGAACCGAAAGGCCCAGGAACUAUGCCGCCUGUGGUGUGCCAAGAAUCCUGACCAGACACCGCGAACGUGGACGAAACCUGUAACCGAAAAUGAAAUAUACGCCUUUUUUGGCCUAACUUUGUUUGCCGGCAUAUUCGGGUCAAACAGUCAGCCUGCUCUUGAGUUGUGGGGCAACAACGGAAACCCUAUCUACAGGGCGACGAUGUCUGCACACCGCUAUAAAAUUAUUCUACAAUAUAUUCGAUUCGAUAACGGCAACACGAGACCCGCUCGACUAUUAGAAAGCAAAUCGGCCGCCAUUGACGACAUUUGGAACAUGCUCAUGAGCAACUUGGAGCGUCUAUAUGUUCCGGGUGCCCAGAUAACUAUAGAUGAGCAA